CUAUGUCUUCAUCCAACGGUGUUGAACAAAGUAAACGAGUUUGAUGAUCUCUGACACAUAAUUUAGAGGAACAUGACAGCUGACUGACACACACAAACACAAACUCAAAAAAAAGGAGAAGAAAACAUGAACCCGCCUCGAACCGAAUCGGCAAAUUAACAAGGCCCCGCCUCGAGCUCAAAAAACAUUUGGGUUUUAAAAUUAAAAUGUAACCAAAACUUAAAAAACCAUAAAACAAAAUAACCAAACAAAGCGCCAAUACCAGGUUUUAAAAACCAAAAGAUGGCGCUCCCUCUUUUUUCACUUUCAUUUCUUACAAUCCCCUUCCCUCUCUAAUACACCAUUACUUAUUCUUCCCAUCCAUUUCCUCUCUCCCUCACUCUCUCUCAUUCUAUUUCUUUCUCUGAAAUCUCUGUUCAAAGAGUAUAGAGAUUUCAGUGAAGGGGUGCGACUCAAAUGGCAGAUCGAGAGAACUGUGUACGUCUCACUCGCGCAGCCAGAAAGAGAGCUGCUGCAGCAUUGUCCAACGUCGAGGACCAGCCAUUGUCCAAGAAAAGGGUAGUUUUGGGGGAGUUGCAUAAUCUCUCAAACGUUGUCAUUUCGGUAAACGCAAGUGCUGUUAAGGAUGUCACUCAGAAGCAGAAAUUUAAUAGCAAGGCUAAACAACCUAAGGCUAAGAAGGCUCUUAUUGUCAAGAAAGACGAAGCUCCCAAAAAAGUGGAGAUUGAUGCAGAAUGUGAUGAUCCUCAAAUGUGUGGACCUUAUGCUUCUGAUAUUUAUGAUUAUCUUCAUCAAUUGGAGGUGAAUCCAAAGAGAAGGCCGUUACCUGAUUACAUUGAAACAAUUCAAAAGGAUGUUAGCCCCAAUAUGAGAGGGAUUUUGGUAGAUUGGUUAGUGGAAGUUGCAGAGGAGUAUAAGCUUGUCUCUGAUACUCUCUAUCUUACAAUCAACUACAUUGAUAGAUACUUGUCUAAGAACUCACUUAACCGGCAGAGACUUCAGUUACUUGGUGUUUCUUCUAUGCUAAUUGCAUCAAAAUAUGAAGAAAUUAAUCCCCCAAAUGUGGAAGACUUUUGCUAUAUUACCGAUAACACAUACACCAAGGAUGAUGUGGUUAAGAUGGAGGCUGAUAUACUGAAGCUAUUGAACUUUGAGCUGGGAAAUCCUACAAUUAAGACAUUCCUAAGGAGAUUUACCAGGAUUGCACAAGAGGGUUACAAGAACUUGAAUUUGCAGCUUGAAUUCUUGGGAUACUACCUUGCUGAAUUAAGCUUAUUGGAUUAUAAUUGUGUUAAAUUUUUGCCCUCAUUGGUGGCUUCAUCUGUCAUAUUUCUUGCAAGAUUCAUGAUUAAACCAAAGAUGCAUCCCUGGAGUUCAACCCUGCAGCAGCAUUCUGGAUACAGGCCAUCCGACUUGAAGGAAUGUGUUCUUAUUAUACAUGACUUGUAUUUGAGUAGAAGAGGAGGUGGAUUGCAGGCUGUAAGAGAAAAAUAUAAGCAGCAUAAGUUUAAAUGUGUGGCAACUAUGCCUUCUCCUCCAGAGAUACCGGCUGCUUAUUUUGAAGGUGUUGUGGAAUGAAAGUUUGGCAUUUUAUGAUUUGGUGAGGUUGCAAGUGAAUGAGAAUUGACCACGAUGUGGAGGUGCCUGAUAAGGGAAGAAUCCUAAUACUGGAGACAUAGCAUUUUAGAUUUACAAGAUUUUGAUUGAAAUGGAGGGAGAUUCAUGAAGUUAACUUUUUGCCGUGACCUUCUGUGGUUCUGUUCAUGCUGGUGGUUGUCAAUCUGAAUCUUGGGGAUUUGAUGCUGUCAGCUUGAAUGGAGUUUGGUAAUACAAGUAGCAGCUAACUGUGCUUUGGGUAUCUUCUUUUACAGUUCGAAUUUUGAAUUUACCAGGGAAAUAUUGUAAAUAUCUCUUGCCGUAAAUUUUGAUUUUAUUCC